CAUCCGACACUGGGAUAUCCAGAGAGAGAGAAGCCAAGAGCAGCGGAACGCUUCGCGCACAUUUUUUUUUUAAGCCCCACGUAAUUCGGCCCCCCGGGGUGUUUAGAUAUCCAGUUGACGUCCGUGCCCAUCGCCUGGGAUACGAGGAGGGCACUGGCGGAUACCCUGUGAAUUUAGAAUCGGAAUAGACCGCCUUUUUCGAAGGGGAAUGGACCGGGUAUCGAGUGCGGUGGGCAGACUGUCUCAAAACAUACAUUGCGCAGGUUACUAGGCCUACUUCCGUAGUGAUUGGUGAAUCUGUUAACGAUGCCAUACGGACUAUUACAUAGGUCUAUAAUUCCCUUAUAGGUCUAUCUAAGAUUCGCUCUGUUCUAGGUCACAUCAAAGUUGAAAACAGAAAAGAGAGACGGAGUUCUUUAUUAUGUUUAUCAUUGCUUAAGGAUCCAUGACGGUUUGGUGUUACAGUGAGCAGAAAAUAUAUAGAAAGUUUGACAAGAAAAACACAUAAGACAGGUUUUUUUAUUUUUAAAGUGGUGCUGUUCAAAAUAAACCGAUCAAAAAUGGAUUGGCACGACGAAGCAGCCACUAGGUCUAGUAGUAGCAGCUACCAGGACACAAUCAAACCUGUUAGAUCCGUCUUAGACUGGUAGUGUCUGGGGGAUACAGGGGUCAAAAAGUGUCACCCCCUCCCCCCCCUCCUCUCUUCUGUACCGCCCACGCCCUUGGGGUCUCACAACCCACAUCCCAAACUCCACAGAACCAUGGACGUUCCGAGGACCACAGACCUGCCGGCGCUGCAGUACACACAUAGGUCUAGCAGACCGACGGGCCGCUGCUCGCUAUGUUGCUCCCGCCUGGCCUCCAUCGUCUGCUCCAACUUCGGCGUCUGCGCCCUGGUCCUCCUGUACACCGUGGCGGGAGCCUUCGUCUUCACCACCAUCGAAGGGGGCGGGGACAUGGCCAUAAGGCUAGACCCUCUUCACGGAGGCCCCGCGCCCCCCAGGGACUCGGCCGUGGUGGAUUCCCUGAGGCAGCACGCCAGGGGUCUGCAGCAUGAGACGGUGGAGCACCUCUGGACGAUCACAGAGUCCCUGAACAUCCUCUACAGGGACAACUGGACGCGGGUGGCGGAGCAGGAGCUCAUCAAGUUCAGCGAGAAGCUCCUCACCAGGUUCCGCGAGGAGCACACGCCGCCCAAUCCCGCCCCGACCACCGCCCAGGCCUCUUACCAGUGGACCUUCGCCGGGUCGUUCCUCUACUCGCUGACGGUCAUCACCACUAUAGGUUAUGGCUCCGUCGCCCCCCAGACUGUGAUGGGUAGAGUGGUGACCAUUGUGUAUGCCCUCUUGGGCAUCCCGCUUAUGCUCUUAUAUCUGUCGUCAGUCGGGGACCUGUUGUCGAGGGCGCUGAAGUGGCUCUGGUGGCGCCUCUGCCGGUGCCGGAGACGCCCACAGAUGCCCCGAGUGAAUCACCAGUCGGCCGCCACGCCCUACACCAGCGUCGAUCCUGCCAAGAGGAAGUGGGGCGGAGGUGAGUGCAGCGAGGGGAGCAGCCUAGGGGAUGAGUACGGGGAGGGGGAGGGGGGCGCCGUCCCCGUCACCCUGUGCCUGGUGCUGAUGAUCACCUACAUCUGCGGCGGGGCGGCGGUCUUCGCCUACGCCCACCAGUGGACGUUCCUGCACGCCAUCUACUUCUGCUUCUCCUCCCUCACCACCAUCGGCUUCGGGGACCUGGCUCCCGAGACCGCCCCCAACACCAGCACCGGGGUCCAGGUCGCCCUGCUGGGCUCCGCCUUCUACCUACUGGUGGGCAUGGCCCUCAUCGCCACCUGCUUCAACCUCAUGCAGGAGCAGAUGACCAACCGGGGCUACGGGCUCGGGCGCAGGCUGGGGAACCUCAUGGCCACCAGCUCCAGCGGAGGGAGCAACCACCGGUUCCACCUGGACGACACCUGA